GGUGUGUGCAAUGCUUACAUCGCUCAAGUCUCCUCAGAAGAGGACGCGCGCGGGUGACCAAGAGCGAGCAGUUUUGUGGUGCCGUUGGCGUGAGCGGGCAGGCCUUUUGGAAAGGUGGUGAAAGAUGGUGAAAGCACCCAAGAUGCAGCUUAAGUCCCACAAGGCCCCAGUGCCCAUCAGGUGUACUUUUUUGGGUUUAGUACGUUUUGGAUGAACAGAGCAGGGGAUUCUUUUCAGCUUUUUGAUUCUUUUGGGUAUGAACUGUGUGGCUUUCCUUCUGUGGGUGGCUUGAGGGAUUGUGAGCCAGUAAUUGUGGUUGGCGGUGAGCUGGUAGCCGAAAAAGGGGGUCAGACUGAUAUCUUCACCCAGACAGCCUUGCUUUCUUUGCUCAGACAUUGGAGACUUCUUUGCCUGUCUUGGCACUCCUGGCUCAAGAUCCAAAAUGUCCAGGCCAAUCGGCGCAUUGUCUCAUGUCUCAUGUGGACGCUCCGUCGUUGUCUACACCACUGUCACGGGGAGAUCAGCAGCCAUCCGCAGCAGAGUAUGGUUCGAUUCCAAGGUGCUCCGGCGAAGCGGUGUGGGAGAAGGAGUAUGCUGCCCCCUGGAUGCUAGUGCUGAAUGCCCUGGGCGUCGUCGGCUAUCAAAUCGUCUCCAUGAUUUUUGUGGCUUACCAAGUUCUAUUCAGGCGGAAGUUCAUCAUGGUUUGCUGGCAUGGCAAGCUCGAGACGUGGCAGCUCUGGACCUGUGAGUACACCAAAGCCUACACGCGUUUCUUCCCCUUGGUGGCGAUCUUGAUCUCCAUGAGUGCCUGUGGUGGAACUUGGAGAGAGUCACAACCCUCAGGGGCCUUGGCAAGAGCAUUUCUCGCUGAAGGUCUGGUGCGUAGCAUGAUCUUGAUCCAACGGAUGUACUACGAGCUGUUGCGGCGCGGCGCAUUGCUGACCUUCAAGGAGUACAAGGUUACUCAGGAGCCCAUCUUCUAUGUUCUCACCUUGUGCUUCGUACAGGGAGCCUCGAAUUUUGUGAUGGAAGCCUUGGUACCUCUCCCUCCUGGUGUUGAAAAAGACUAUGUGAAUUAUAUGGAGCCUGACAUGCUUCAUGGCACCAAGCAGUGGUUUGUAUAUUUGGUGAUUCCCAUCACAACCUUCAUUCUAUCGAUCUACUUCACGCAUGAGCCGGGCUAUGCGUUGGUUCCUUUAAGCCGGUAUAUCUAUACGGAGAACACGGAUCAGGAGGCGCAGGUGAAGGAUGAACGCCUCGGUGGCUUGAUUAUCCUUCGAGAAGAGAAUCUUCGGCCCAUCUGUAAGAGCCUAGAGCUGCCGCACUGCAAUUCCGCAGAGCAGACGGACCAGAUAUACCAGGAGCUCAUCCAAACAACGCACCGAUUCCAAGAGACGGGCUCAGUGGUCAUCGGAAAAAAGCAGGUGAGCAGCAAAUUCGCCAAGAGUCAGAUUACGGAUCGCUUCUGGCCAGCGAGGUUCCUGCUGCGGCCGGGCUUGCAGGAUGAACGUAGCCGGCACUUUCGCUGCGUGAGCCGCUGUGUGGACUGUGGCUGUGUGGCGAUCGCCGGUAGUUGCAUCUACUUCUUCGCUGAAGUGGCUGCCUCGGAGUUCCGAGAUGUGCAGAAAGGAGAGAUUGAGGACUCCGCGGCGCUGGUCGUGGAAGUGGGGCACAUGGUCUUCGCCGCUUUUUACAUCUACCGGAUCCUUCGUACCGCCCAGUGAGGGUGACUGGUGACUGGAAGCGAUGGCAGAUUUGGCCGAGAAUCUGCGUGGGGUGAGAAAAUGGGCGACGAACGACGCCGGUGUGUUUCAUGGCAGGGUUGCGGAAGACGCCCUGGAAGAAAAGGAACCUAUUCUGAUUUGAUGAAGAUCUGGUAGGUCUUCCUCAGACUUUCUGUGCCAAUUGCUGUUCUGCAGGGCUCGCCAGAAGAUGAACCUCAG